CAUUCUGUACCGUCAAAUUAUAAUCACAUUUUUUCUGGCAACACUGUUCUACUAUUUACACUUUCAGCACUGCUCACGUCUGAACCACACAACAUUCCACUUAUCACCUAAUCGUAGACACCAACGAUCAAAGUUUAGGACAGAGACGUACUUAAUUCAAAAUGAAUAUUGGCGAUACAUUCCCUAAUUUUGGAGCAAACACAACUGUCGGACCGAUCGAUUUUUACGAGUGGCUUGGUGAUUCUUGGGGUAUCCUUUUUUCACAUCCGGCUGACUACACUCCAGUUUGUACGACCGAAUUGUCGCGAGUAGCUAAACUCGUCCCGGAAUUUCAAAGCAGAAAUGUGAAACCAAUUGCCCUUUCUUGUGAUAGUGUUGCUUCACAUCAAGGAUGGAUCUCUGAUAUUAUCUCUUAUGGCAAUCUUCCCACCGACAAUCCGUUUCCAUACCCGAUAAUUGAUGAUGAGAAACGAGAACUGGCCCAUCAAUUUCAAAUGUUGGACAAAGAUGAAAUUGGUAAAUCUGGUUUGCCGUUGACGUGUCGAGCUGUAUUUAUUGUUGAUGCGAAAAAGAAGUUGCGUGCAAAGAUCUUGUAUCCGGCUACCACUGGCAGAAACUUUGAUGAAAUUCUGCGUGUGAUCGAUUCAAUGCAGUUGACUGAUACAAAUAAAGUUGCUACGCCGGAGAAUUGGAAGAAAGGCGACUCUUGCAUGGUUCUCCCAACAGUAAAAGAUGAGGAUAUUCCUUCGUUGUAUCCAAACGGAGUUGAGGUGAUUGAAGUUCCUUCCGGCAAAAAGUACUUACGAAAGACUCAAUGCCCAUAGUGCCUUAUUAACUCCCACCAGACCGGUUCCUUUAGCAAAUAAAAUUUGUCGAACGAUU